GUCAGAAGCUACCGGUCAUCUCUACUGUUCCGUUUCUCUGCCUUCACUUUCUCGUUGGUUCGUACAACUCAGUGUGACGUGGAUUAGAGAGCGUCUGUAGAAGCCGGGGAUAGUCUGUCUGAGUGGAUUUGGAAGAGACAGCACCGGUACCGAACGGUCUAGAAACCAGAGCUGUGCGAAGAUUCCUGGAGCAGACAGUGAGGAGAACCUGGUAUGAAUGGAGAUGUGACAUGUUACUGUAACACUGCAUUGGGAAUGACAUGAUCCUAUGGGGGCAAAGUGUUAAAUGCUGAUGGAGAGCUUGGGAAUUAGGGAGAGCUGAAUGCUUUAUGGCUUUUGACAAAAUGAAUUUAGAACACAAGAAGCUAGCUUACAAUUAUAUUUGAAAAAAUUGUGUUUUCAUAAUUCUCACCUUUUGGAUAGGGUAACCCUUGUUGGGGUUAAAAAUUAACAUAAAACAUACUCAUGUUCCAGCUUUAAGGCCACUGUCCCCCUGCAGCCUGAUCCAACAUGGCUGUCAUUCACCCUGGUUGGGUGGAUAUGUCAGGGAUGGCAAGCUGGGGUGAGGACCAUUCUGUUAUUGGUUGUCUGGCAUUGGCAUGCCAGGGUCGGGUGCCAGUUUUGCACAGGGUUCAUAUUAGCCAAUCAGAACUCUUGUUUCAGGCUGGCUAAUGUCGCCCUUAGUUAUGUUGCGGAGGUGGAGUUAUACCUUUCAUCAGCAAAGGGGUUAAUCUCAGUGUGUGCCUAGUGAAACACUUACAGGCUCCAGGCACCAUGAACACGUCAAAUCAGUGAAGUGGUCAUGGUGCUUGGAGUAACCCUUUAAGAUAGGGACUGGUAAAGAGAUUCCGAAGAUGAAUGACGGACUGCAGGGAAACAAAUGAAGAAAAGAAUUCCAGGAAAGAGACACAAGCUAGUAAAGUAGCAGGAAACUGAGAUGAGUGGCUGCAGGAAGAAAGGGACACCAAGGAGAGGGACUGCAUGAAGACAGGGACACUGAGGCAUAGAGAGGCUGGAGAAGAAGGCACUAAGGUGAGGGGGGGGGGGGGAGGGGGCUUGUAAGAUGGGCUCCCAGAGGAGAAGAACUAACAAUUUGGGACAGAGGAGAAGGACUGGAAAUAAGGGCACUGAGGAGAGGAGUGGCAGGUAAGAGAGGUUACAGUAAGGUAGAGAUUUCUGAACAAAAGUCUGUGAUUGAAGUGAGCGCUUUUGGAAUGAAGGUGUGGUAAUGAAGAUAUUGUUUUAAAUUGACACCAUAGGCACCCAGACCACUUCAUCUCAGCAAAGUGGUCAGGGUGCCAUAUCCCUGUCUGCUUAACCCAGCAAUGUUUACAUUGCAGAGUUUAAAUGCCUCUAGUGGCUGUCACUCUGACAGCCAUUAGAGGUGCUUUCUUCAAAAUAACCAAGUAAAACCUGCUAUUUAUGUCAGGUGAUUGACAUAGUGCAGUGUUUUGACGUGCAUGUGAACUUGCCUCCCAAUGCUUUCAUAUGGGAAAGCAUUGGGUUGGUUGAGAUAAUCAGUCUUGGAUCUCAGCCUCAGAUGUGGAACACAAAUGCUAAGAUCGGGGCUGUGAAGGAAAAAAAGGUAAGUAGGAGACCUUUUUUCCUUUGGACGGGGGGGGGGGCCAAGGACCUAAAUUUACACCAGGGCACAUUUGUAUUCCCGACGCUAUAAUUCUCUUUUAAGACAAUAAGCAUAGUAAGACAGAGGAGAAAGGGAUUACAGAACAGAGAGAAAAAAUGGGGAUGGACAUGCUGGGAAUGUUUGUUACUGAGGGAUUUUGUGAUUGUCCGGAAGUAAAAGUAAAACAUGGUAUGUUAGAAAUGCAAGCAUUGUCGUUUACAAACACAAAUUCAGAAGAGGUUGUAAAGGCUUAAAGUGGGUGAAUGAGAGCUGUUUCUUAUUGUGGACUUUUCUUUUUCAGAAAAAUGUCACGAAAUACAGUGAAAGCAGGAAAUCUGAGGGACAAACUAGAUGGAAAUGAACUCGACUUGAGUUUGAGUGAUCUGAAUGAGAUACCAGUGCGGGAACUGGUUAGUCACAGUUUUAUCUCUUUUUGCAGUAUAGGUUUGUAAAAAAAAAAAUUGCUGAUCCUCUGUACCACAGGAAAAAAAUGUAAAUGUUAAUCACAGGAUACUAACACAAAUAAACUGGUAGGGGAAGAAACCUAACUCCAAUCGAUAGGAACCUACCCCACUAGGAUUACCUCAAAUAUAGAUCAUUCUAGGUAAUAGCAAACAGAAAGUAAAAUAAUAAACUUAAUUGAAAGUAAACCGAAACCUACAAAUUACAAAAAAAAAAAAAAAAAAUUGGACAAAGAAAGUGUAAUAACUGUCUGUGUGUUUAUUUAGUUGAAUAAGUCUUUCAUAUAUAUAGUCUUGGGCCAAAUGCUCGUCACAUUAAUAUAUGUCUAUACUAAUGAAAAGUACUAAUACGCAAUCUGACUUACGGUUUCUUCAGGUUUAUUCUUAGUUACUGAUACAUAAUAAAACAACAAAGGAUGUUACAGGAUAAUGGACAUUCGACAGCAGAUGGUAAUUGCUGGACUCCUGACGGGAGAGUUACAUCUUUACAUAGAGAGAGAGUGAGAGACCUCGUGUUCAGUUACUAUAUAGAUAUGACCAUAAUGACGUCAGACUAUAACUAGCCAUAUAAGGACAAAACCCCCAACUUACAUUCCAGAGCUCUCAUACAAAGAAAGCCUUGUGACUUAUACCAUCUGUUACUUAUGUCAAUCCUCAAAUCCAUAUAUAAUCAAUAGAAACAUAGAAUAUGCAAUAUUCUACAGAAAGUUGGAACAUGUGUCGAAAGAUGUGGGAGGAAAAGAGAGAAAUGUUAUGAGAGAAAUGGAUAGUUAGGGUAAGUACCUCCUCAAUAACACUAUCCCUUUAACACUGUGUGUGGUAUAUGCGGUAAAAUGUUGCGGGGUAUCACAAUGUGUGCAGUCUGAAUGCAUGAAAAAGCCUAUCCAAUAUAUCUAUGGAAGAGUAGACGUACUGUUUAGAGAGGGGAUCAUAUGGGGUGCAGGGAUGCAAGAAAGGGGGCAGAUACGCUAAAUAUUGCUCCUAUAUUGUACUCAAGCAGGCUUAUCUUUUUACAAAGGCAGCCCAUCCAGUAAUUGGCACACUAUGCAUAAAGACUUGACAUUAGCUAGCUCGAAACUCUGGUUCCAACCAAAGAUUUCUGCUUCGAUGGUGUUUGCAAAAUAUGCAAAGUCGCCCAAAAGGGACAGAUCUGCUUAAAAGAAAUGCUCCAAUAUCAUAAAUACAUAUAUGUACGUAUCUACCAAUAUCGCUAGACUCUGACCAUCGCCAUAGAAGUGUGGGUGUUCCCUAUUUAUCAUUGCAUACACUCACACAUUUUAUAAUAGGUGUGGUUGUAAUUUUCUUUUUUUCUUUUUUUUUUUAGACAUUGUAGGUGCUUCACUACUCCUUUUUACUCACAGUUACCUGAAGUAUUAAGCUUAUAUUUGAAAGUGACGAGGAUGUAAUCCUUGCCACUUUCCUUGAUUAAAUUCACUCCUUCUACUUUGGCAAUUGAUAAUAAAGCCAGAGAGUGGGGGGAGUGGUUCACAGAUUACUUUUACUCAGGUUCUAACUACAACUAUUAGACAGAGGCUUUGCCAUAAUAGGCUUAGGAUAACCCAUCACUUGACCUUAUGUUAUUUGGCUAUUUAGCAGAUGUUACAAUAUUGAAUACUUUCAAUAUUCCAGAUGACACUUCCUCCCAACAUGUUUUGAGAGGUAUUGUCAAGGUCAUUUGUAGACUCCACACUCAAAACAUACAACACUUCAUCUUGCUGAAGUCUGUAAUUAUUAUUUAUUUAUUUAUUUAAUUUUACAAAUUCUGAAAGUGCCAAUUUCAUAGAAAUUUGCUCUUUCAUAAAUCCUCGGCACAACACAGAUCGCUUGGGAAGUUUUCUUCCUCUUCUUUUAGCACUGGGAUAGAGCACGUCUGGCAAUAAAUCUGAAUGAGCAGUACUACACCUCAUUGAGAAGUCUGUCAAUGAGAAGCUGCACAUGUGCGCACACUUGUUGCUCCAGCACAGAGGCUUCUUAACAAAAAGCCUCUUAUUGGUCAGUCUGCUGCACAGAGGAAAAGUCUGUUGCAGGAAUAAAGGGGAGAGUUUGCAAAAGUUGCAGAUACCAGUGUUUUUUCAUAUACCUACCUCUUUGUGGUUUUGGGAUAUAGAUCAUGCCCCUGUAGUCUCACUGCUCCCUUGUCUGCUAUUUAAGAGUUAAAUUACUUUGUUUUUGCAGUCCUAGUCACACUUCCCCUGCCUGUGACUUAUAAAGCCAUCCUACACACAACAUGUAAAGAUAGAUCUAAUUUGUAAACUUAUUUUAUUGAAGUGUGUUUAACUUAGAAUUUAUCUCCUGUUCUGUCAAUAGCCUAAUAGAGUCUGCAGGAGCCCCAAUGAAUAGAGCAGAAGAUAUGAAAGUUUGUGUGAGUCAGGGCCAGGGGAUGUAUGGCUAUGGCUGGAUAAAUAGAAACAAAAGUGGUUCAACUCUUAAAUGGCAGAGAAUUGAGCAGUGAGACAGAAGGGUCAUGAUCGAUACCCAAAACUGCUGCAUUAAACUAAACAUGUCUUUGUGCUAAAGUCACCCAGGCCAGUUCAUCUCAUUGAAGUGUCCUGGGUGAGGGAUCUGUUUUAUAUUGCAGGUUUAAAUCCACCUUUAGCUUUCUUUCUGAUCGCCACUAGAGGCGCUAUUGCGGCAUUUUACAUGGAAAAGCAUUGAUUCAGUGCUUUUGUAUGCAAAAUCUUGGAUGCGCGCAAUGCUUACUUCACAUGUGCAUUUGGUCUCUGAGCUCUAUGUGCAUUGGAUUGGACAACGUCAGAGGUCACAGAAGGCAGAGAUCUGGAAAAAGCUAAAUUAAACCUUUUUAUGUUAUUAUUUUUUAUUACAUAUGUGGUUGGGGGACAGAGAGCCUAUAUGUUACUAUGGAAAGGGAAACUAAAGUGUUAAGAACUUUAGUUUAUAUCAGUAAUGCUUUUAUGUUACUUUAACUUUGCUAUUCCUUAUAAACCUCAAUGCUGACAUUUGUCAGAGUACAGGGACAACAUAUAGGCGCCAAGACCUCCACGUUAUGUUCUACUGAUUUUAGUGCUUUGCGUGUCCCUGUAAAGCAGCUGGACAAAUUCCAGGCAUCCACAGGAAAACAUUAAAUAUUUAGCGUGUUACAACAAGAAAACACAAAUCAAAACAUAUAUACUUAUCAAUAAACAGCUUCCCACUGAACACCUCCCAAGUAGUUACGUCUAAAUAUUUAGCGAUUUGUUGUGGUUUUAAAUAAUUCUAAAUAGGGAGUUGGAGUGCAGGAUACUCUGUGCACUAUAACCUUUGCAAUAAUACAAAACUGUUAUGAUGUUUAAACUAACCAUUUAAACUGCAUAGUCUCCUCUUUGAUUACUUAUUCCUACUUCAUGUCAUCAGUCUUAUGUUAUCUUUCAGGCUGCACUUCCCAAGGCCACAGUGUUGGAUCUGUCAUGCAACAAGUUUACAACAUUACCGGUGAGAGUUUGCACCAUGCAUUCUGUUAUUCAUAAAUAGAUGAUUAAUAAAACUGGUUGCAUAUUAUGAUCUUUUUUGGAGAGUGCACAUCAUGCAAUCUGUCCAGAGGGAUUCUUUUGUCUUGACAUGGGCUUUAUCUAAACUUCAGUUUCAUUCUGUGUUCUUAGGGGGAGUUUUGUUCCCUUACUCACAUUGUGAGGUUGGAUUUGAGUAAGAAUCAGCUGAAACAUCUGCCUUCAGAAUUUGGGAGACUGGUAAAUCUACAGCACCUGGAUUUAUUUCAGAAUCAGUUGACUAUGCUUCCUGAUUCCUUCGCUCAUCUUAAGGUAACAUCAGCAAAUAAGCUUUAAUGCCAUCACUUCCAAAAAUUACUAUACACUCUCUUUAAAUUUAGCUUUGCGUAUCUUUCCUAUUGUUCAAACCCUGAUCUUUAUCCUGCAGCGCAAUCAAUUUUUCUACCAUGACCCUAUUCUGUGCCUCUGGAUCUUUCCGAUUUAAAAACUAGAAAUGGCAACCCCUCCCUCACAGUAUAGAAAUCUCGUCAAACUUCAUAGUUUGACUCUACCAGGAGGGCACUGAGCACAUUGAGGAACUCUUUGAAGAGUGCACUAGCAGCUUGCAAAAAGUUAUACUGCAGAUGCUUGGUACUUUAUCUACAUGAGUGUUAUGCCAGCAUAUAGGAAUCUUUACAUUUAUUUUUUUUAAAUUACAAAUACAGAUAAUCUUAUUUAUUGAAAAAUUUUAUUUUUAGACUGAUAUUUCAAAUCUUGUCUGACAUAUGAAGUACAGAAUUACAUAUUUAUUAAGUAGAACACCAAAAUAUAAAAAUAUGUAUAUUUGAUCCAAUAAAUGCUAGACACGGCUCUGGUAAAGCUCAGGUGCACUUAAAGGACCACUCUAGGCACCCAGACCACUUCAGCUUAAUAAAGUGGUCUGGGUGCCUGGUCCAGCUAGGGUUAACCCAUUUAUUUAUUUUUAUUUAUUUUUUUAUAAACAGCAGUUUCAGAGAAACUGCUAUGUUUAUAAAUGGGUUAAUCCAGCCCUCAAAUCCUCUAGUGGCUGUCUCAUUGACAGCCACUAGAGGCGCUUGCGUGAUUCUCACUGUGAAAAUCACAGUGAGAGCACGCAAGCGUCCAUAGGAAAGGAUUGUAAAUGCUUUCCUAUGAGACCGGCUGAAUGCGCGCGCAGCUCUUGCCGCGCGUGCGCAUUCAGCCGAAUGGGAGGAGAGGAGGAGGAUCGGAGGCGGAGAGCUCCCCGCCCGGCGCUGGAGAAAGGUAGGUUUUAACCCCUUUCCUCUCCCCAGAGCCGGGCGGGAGGGGGUCCCUGAGGGUGGGGGCACCCUCAGGGCACUAUAGUGCCAGGAAAACGAGUAUGUUUUCCUGGCACUAUAGUGGUCCUUUAAGCAUGUGGUGUAAACCAUAUUAUUAGGAAUCAGAUCAUACAUAAAUCAAUAAUAUGGUAAAAAAAAUAAAAAAAUCUGCAAACAUGUACAAGAAUAAAAAUUAUACACACAGUGGAGCGCUUUUUUUAUUUCGUAAAGUGCAAGUGCUGAAAUAUUAUAACACACCUAACGUUUCAAACUAUUACAACUUCUGUAAUACAGUGUGUACACCUAAAUGGUACAUAAAAGUGUAAAACCUUAAAACUCAAAAUAUGUGUCUUUAAUGGCACACUUGCAUCUUAAAUAGCUAAAACCUAGGUAGUGGUAGUGGAGAAUGGUUGGUCUGUUUGGGUGACCUCUUUAAUAAUGUAUAUUCAGGGGUAUCCUUUUCUUUUCUUCAAUGAUAAUUAGAUGAUUUCAGAGAUGUGUAUAUAGUAAUUUUUUUUAUUUAUUUUUUAAAUAUAUGACAUUCACAGAAAAUUAUUAUACUCACAAGGUUGGAGACUAUAAAUUGGCUCAAUGAAUAGGCUUAGCAUGGUUCAGGACCAUAACACCUUCUUUGGUACACAGUGAACUGGUGGCAGAUCUUUAUAAAAUAAAUACUUAAUUAUAUUAAAAAAUAAAUAUAGAAAAUACCAAGAUAUCUAUCCAAAAUCUUGUUUUCAUCAAGGCUUCCUCCUUUCAUAUUUUUUAUAUAUUUUUUUGUUUUAGUGCCACCUGUGCAUGUGUUUUAGCCUUUAGGUGUGAGAAUUAUGUUAUGCCCCAGUUUGCGAGAAUUAUGUUAUGCCCCAGGAUGAGGCAGAGGCAUCAGUGAUGCCCACCGAUUAUCAAAGAUAAAGAACACAGUAAUAAACCGCUAAAUCCGAGCAGCAGGGUCUCCUUACUGUAGUUCCAACAGUGUAACAAGCAGGUAGACAAAAAAUGGAGUUCUGCGCAUCAAAUAGGUAGUGCACACCCAGGUGCUACUGCAGUUUAUUAGAGGACACAAUACAAACAAACGGUUCGGGCAACAAGCCCUUCCUCGGUGCUAAGAGCCUCUGAGGACAUUAGCACUGAGGAAGGGCUUGUUGCCCGAAACGUUUGUUUAUAUUGUGUCCUCUAAUAAACUGCAGUAGCACCUGGGUGUGCACUACCUAUUUGAUGCGCAGAACUCCAUUUUUUUGUCUACCUGCCAGUUUGGUGUUUCAUGGAAGGGAGUGCUUUGGAGUUUUCACGUUGUCUUAUGUAUGUGGGAUUUGAGCCUCCAGACAAAACUGUAUUUUUGUUUAGUAUUUGAUAGAAAAUAGAAAUUCUACCUCUAGCUUGGACUGUAGAUUCAACUAUAUAACUUGGGCUCAAUUUACAGCUGCUGAAAAUGUGCCACGGUUUUAUGGAUUUAAUUUGUUCAGAGCAGACCUGUGGACGGAGUUGAUUUGCGUACAUGGAUUACUUCCUUGGGUAUGUUGGCAGUGCCGGCAUGAAAAAAAAUCAGUUUCUCAUUUUGCUUACAGAACCUUAAGUGGCUAGACCUGAAGGACAAUCCGUUGAACCUAGAUUUGGCCAAAGUCGCUGGAGACUGCUUAGAUGAGAAGCAAUGUAAAGAGUGUGCACAAGCAGUAAGUUGGAAUAAACCUAUAUCUAUAAGAAGAAUGUGUAGCUGUUUAAAAAAAAGACUUUGUGUAAACAACUUUGUUGGUGAUUAUCAUGCAAGCUGCUUCAAGACAGUAUUUUAUCGACAGGUUCUGAUAUUUAUGAAGGUCAUACAGUCUGAACACGAUCAAGAAAUGCAGCGCAAACUAUUGGAAGAGCGAGGUAACUAUUGUUAACUGGUUGAAUGGAAUGCAUUAAUUUACUGCGAUCGUAGAAUGUAGGGUUAUAUUAUGGACACCCAAAGGUACAUAAACAUGUUAAUUAUAAGUUUGUUUUGGGUUUUUUUUUUUCAGCACAGAAACAGAAACGAGAAGUGGAACAGAGAAAGAAGGAGGAACGCGAGAGAGAACUGAGGCGUAGGGAGAAAGCAAAACAGAAGGAACGAAAAAGGAAGGACUACAAUGCUUUACAAGCAGCUCAGAGACAGGUCGCUAAGAACUCAGAGAGUGAAAAAAAGUUUGAAAAUCACAGUAAGUUUAAUGAACCCAAUGGGUAUGUUUUAGUUUUUACCAUUUUUAGCUUGUCUCCUGGUAUGGCUUUAUUUUUUUUUUUUUAUUCACAUACCAAAAGCAGAGCUUAAACAUUAUGCUCACUGCCAUUAACGAGUAAAAAAUUAAGCCAUGGUGAAUGUUCCACUGAUAAGCCGUCCAGGCACACACAGGCAAGUAAAUUUUAGUAUCCAGGACUUUCAAUUUUGAGCCAGCCCUGGCUCUAAAUUUUAAGCCCUGACAUAAGUAUAACCUAAAAACUGGUAAAUAUUCGUAUAUUAAAGGUGUUUGGGUCAACCUAUAGCGUACUAUAGGGCCAAUGCCUUUUCCCAAUUUGCUGUCUGUUCCCGUCUGACAUGGCCUAGAUUUGCAAUAUUAUUGAUACUGGGCCUCCUGAAUUGAACAAGAGAGCCUUUACAUUACUCUCUGUUUGCAUAAUCUACUCAGCCAGCAAUGGCUAUGUUUUUAUCGGGAACACUUUACUUCGUUUAUCAAACACAAAAAUCAUUAUUCUUACUCUCAAAGGGUUAUUUUGUUGUUGUUGUUGUUGUCUCUACACAUGGUGCUCCUACUUUAACCCAUGAGACUUAGCUGUUAAACCCAAACUGUGCAGUCUGACCCUUAUGCAAUGCACCUGUAUCAUUAUGUAUUUUGCAAUGCUUGCUAAACCUGUUGUGGCUCGGCAAAUCCGUUUAUAAACCAAUGCACAACAUAAUAAAGAAUUUUUAAAAAAUAUAUAUUCGUAACUCAUUUUUGAAAACUCUUUCUAACACUUCUCUAAUUUAUUUUGUUAUACAGAUGCAUCUGUAUUGCCUUCUAAAAAGCAAAAACAGCGAAGAACAUCCUGGAAAGGGAUUUUGGGGUGGUUCCUCUUGUUCAUGUUUAUCAUGGCUAUUGGUUGCGUAGUAGUGUGCCGCUGGACACAUUUGCAGAAACACAGUAUAUGCUACAGUCCUAACGCCGUCUCUGAAGAAAUUAUGAAUGCUUUGCACAGCUACCAGAUUCUGGAACGAGUUCUACAGCCACCAGGCUCACAGCAACAAGGCCAAUAACAUUCGUGUAGAUGCACUUUUUUUUUAAUAAGGGUGUAGCUAUGUUUUCCUUCUUUGGAUAUCAGAGGAGGUUUGGUAUUUGUGCCUGAUGUUGGUUGACUUUUUUUUUUUUUUUCCCCCAUUGUUUUAUCAUUUCAGGACAUUAAUUCCCAAGUGUUCAACAUUUUUGUUAAUUUUAUGUGAUUUUGAAAAGUUUUAAGUGUGACUUCAUUGUCACUUCAACACUAAAUUUGGAAAGCAUUCUUUCUUUUUUACAAGUUCAUAAAGUACCCCAUCACUUGGAUGAAUUUUCCAGAGUAACACAAUUACGUAAAUGAAAUUAUGGAGAAAAAGAAAAUCUUAUCUAAUAUAAAAUAUUACAAAAUAUGGUCCUGAACCACCAUUGGGUGGAUGCACAGUGUAGUAAUCUGAAUUUCAAUCCCUCAAUAUAUGGCCUCCGAUUCUGUCCUACAAUAACAGUGGAAGUUCAUCCAGAUUGUUAUUAACUGAACAGUUAUAUCUGUGUCACUGGGAUACAUAAGUAUCUACACUGCACACAUGCAUUACCUGUUACAUCAGCCUGGUACCAAUCUUUUAAUCAAACACAAUUAAAAUUGUCUUUUGCUUAUGAGUCUCUUUGCAUCAUGAAUAGAAAAUAUGUUUUAAAAAACAAACCCCAAGUUUCCAGAAGCUGUAAUUUCUAUCCUUGCGUACGUUGGGCUACAGAGUAGUGGCUUUAUCAAUAACUAGUUAUCCUCACUCUUAAUCUGUUAUUUAAUCCAGAUGUAUCAAUUUUACAGGUGUUUUUUUUUUUUUUUUUUUUUUCAUCUGCACAAGAGAGUCCAAUUACCGUUUAAAGGCUAUUUCGAGCAUUAUAUUUAAUAAAAUACAUGAUAUAGAGCAUGUUUGUAAAGAUAUAAAAUUCGAUUUUUAUCCUCGGCGUGUCCCUUCUCAAUAUUGUUUUGUGAUUUAUAUGCUCUGGAGUAUGAAUGAGAACU